UAUAGAAAUUAUUUGUGAUCCUUAUUUGAGGAAGAUGAGAAGAGUGUGGAUAGUGAAGAAAAAAAAAAAGAGAAGAGUGUGGACAGAGUGGACCGUGCAUAACACACGAAAAUGUUACGAUUACCACGAAAAGGUUAUCUCUUGGAGCUUUGACACCUCCUCAAACAAAAACACAAAAAAAGCUUCUCUAGCGCUUCCUCACAAAAAAAAAAACGCAUGCAACAACAUUGAUACAACAAAGAAUCAAUCAAGCUUCUUCGUUCGAUCACACUAGAAAGAAAGAUGGCUGGUGCGAUUUCAGGAGCUACUGUCUCUUCCUUCUUCACCAAAACUGCUUCUACUUCAAACCCAUCUCCUAAACUCCACUCCUCUGCUUCUCUGUUUUCACAUAAAACUGGGUUUCAGGGAGUUUCAUUGGAAGAUUCGAAGAAGAGUGUAUCAGAGAUCUUCGCUGUCUCCGAGAGAAAGAUCGGAGGGUUAAAUGAGUUGAGAAGAUUCGAAAUCAAAGCGAGAGCAGCAGCUUCUAAGACGAUAGAAGUUGAAGUAGACAAGCCUUUGGGUCUGACUCUAGGACAGAAGCCAGGCGGUGGAGUUGUCAUCACCGGUGUGGACGGAGGUGGGAACGCAGCAAAAGCAGGACUUAAAUCUGGAGAUCAAGUGGUGUACACAAGCAGCUUCUUUGGAGAUGAGCUUUGGCCUGCAGAUAAGCUUGGCUUUACUAAAACCGCUAUUCAGGCAAAACCUGAUUCUGUCUACUUUGUUGUUAGCAGAGGUGCAGAAGUUGAUGUCAAGAAACUAAAUAAGCGUCCAGCUCCUCCACGGUUUGGAAGGAAGUUAACUGAGACUCAGAAGGCAAGAGCUACUCACAUUUGUCUUGAUUGUGGAUUCAUAUACACUUUACCAAAAUCUUUUGAUGAACAGCCGGAUACAUACGUAUGUCCUCAAUGUAUAGCACCAAAGAAGAGGUUUGCGAAGUAUGACGUGAACACAGGAAAGGCCAUUGGAGGAGGAUUGCCUCCGAUUGGUGUCAUUGUUGGCUUAUUGGCCGGUCUUGGAGCUGUCGGAGCUUUGCUUGUCUAUGGUCUUCAAUAGAUUUUCUAAAAGCUUUUAUAAUCUCUAUAAAACAAGUCCUUAUUUGAGCUUUGUAAUUGAAAACCAAGAAUGAAUGUUGAUGACAUCAACUUGGGAGUUAAAUUAUUGUAAAGCAUUUUUUGAUUCUCUCCUUCUUAUGUAACUUUGGUUCUCUCUAUA